AGUUUGGCAACGGUCAGAAUCCCGCCACUUAAAUAGUUGAAUUCUCAGUCUCACUCAUCCCGCAUUUACGAAGGAUUCAUUAACAUUAAAUUCAUUAUCUAAAAACCACAAUCAAAAUUUGUUAAAUCCCUGAUUUCAGUUCUUCGCGGAACAAAAAAUUGGCUAUGAAUUCAUCAAAGUCGUCGUCUUUGGGCAGAUCACACCGUAGAGCCUCAGAACUCAUUGACCCCAUGAGACGGAGUUUCGCUACUAAUCCAUUUGCUAAACCCUCCUUAAUUCCUGACCCUAACCCUAGAGAAGCAACUCCUUCAGGUUUUCCGAGAAGAAACUCUUUUGGGGGAAGAGAAGGCGCAGCAGCGUCUUUCCACCGUGACCUAGAUGACAAAGAAAAUGAGAAAGACUCGAUUUUGAAGCCGUGGAAGGUACGAUCGCCAGCUGCUUCUUCGAAGUGCGGGAAGAAUUUCAUGUCUCCAACGGUCUCUGCUUCUUCGAAGGUCGGUGCGAGGAAGAAGGUUCUUGGUGAUAGGAAUGAGCCUGCUCGAGUUUCUGCUCCCGUCGCAGCCACCAAAAUCCCCACCACGAAGGUAACUUUUGCCGAAUCAGUGCAUUAUAAUAGCAUUCUAAAAUCAAAGGAUGGUGUAAGAGAGAAAAAUUUUGAAGCUUUGCCAUCAUUGGAUGAUGGGGUUCCCAAGGAGGAAGUGAAUGUUGCUUCUACCUUGAGUAGUGAGUUGUGUGGUGAAGUAGCUUACAGUUUGAAUGUUCCUUGCAAUGUGAAGGAUGAGGCUGGAUAUUCAUUUCAAACUGUUGUUGAUGAGCCUGAUUGUGUUAACCUUGACCCAAGUUUUAAUCUCAGUCCGAUUCCUACUCCUCCUCUUCCGGUUUCGACUGGUGCCAUAAUCUCAGCUCCUCAUGAUGCAGAUCCUUUGAUGCCUCCUUAUGAUCCUAAAACGAACUAUCUUUCCCCCAGACCACAAUUCUUGCAUUACAAACCAAAACAACGAUCUGAUCUUGAUGAUGGCUUUGUGUAUGAAGACUUCUCUGACUCGGAAGUUACUGAAGAUUCUAACUUGGAGGAUGACUCACAGAAGGAAUCAGAGGAUGUUUCUUUGGAGGAAAGAGUUGAAGAAUGUGCUGCCAAGACUUUAAUGAUGGAGGAAACGGUGGAAGCAAAAGAGAUGCCUAAACCACGCUUUUAUAUAAGGUGGAAGGCUGUUAUUGCUCUUCUUUUACUCCUCUCCGUUGCUUUUGUAUCAAUGUCGGCCUCAAGUUCUCAAUUGGGGGAUGGCACUGUGUUUCAAGACAUAUAUGGGGUAUAUGAGUCGUCUGAAUUCUCAGAGUUUGUGAGGAAUCAUUUUAAUCGUUUCUCAGAAUUUGCAAAGGCAAAUUUCGAUGGCUUAUAUCAAAAUUUGCUUACCUGGUUUACUGAGUCGCUGUCAUCAAUUUCUAAGUUCAUUUCCAAUGUCGAAAGUGUUCACAGUUUGGGCCACUUGAAAUACUGUAACUUAACUGUUAUGCAUGAAUAUAAUGCAGUUGAUCAGGGACUUAUAUUUGGGCAGAGUAAAAUAGACAUUGGUGAGGCUUCAGAAGUGUACCCCCUUGUACUGAAUGUUGAAGAUAGUGGAGUAGCCUCAGUGAUCGAUAUAGACGAGGAUAUUGAGGAUGUUUGGGCAGAGCAUUAUAAUUCCAUAUUUGAAGAACAAGAUCAGCAAGAUCUUGAAAUAACUGCAGAUGUUGAAAAAGCAUUAGAUGAUGCUCUGGAUUGUGAAGAAGUAUCUACAGGACAACCAGCCAAUGUGGUAGAACCAGAUCAGGAUUGGCAACUUGAUCAAGUGAUCAAACCUGAAUUGUAUCACUUGGAAGCUGAUAUAAAACUUAAAGUCCAGUCAAAUGCAGAUUCACAGGCUGCUGAUGUUCCCAAUAUGGAAGUGUUCAAUGAUGGGGAUUUAGAUGCAAAGCAAGCUUUGGAUUCAGAGAUUGCUGAAAUUCUUACAGGAGCCUAUGGAGAUAAUGACAAUAAGUUGACUGAAGCGAAGGAGGAAUCUAUUAGCAUGGAUGCUACAAGCGAAGGUGACGAGCAGAGACUCGGAACAAUCAACCUCCAACCAAACAUGGUGCUGUAUUUGCUGCUCCUUGGAGGUGCAAUUUUACUUACAGGUGCUGCUUUCAACUGGUUAAGUAAAGGCAAAAGCAGAAGCACAAGGGUUACUACCAGCUUUGCGGAUCAACCUCUAUUUGCUAAGUCAUUCCAUGCCAAGAACUCCUUGGUGACUCCCAAACAAGAGCAGAAUUACCUAGAAAAGCCAUCUCUCAGGAAUGAGCCUAUCGAAAUAGACAUGAAUGGAGAAUCAUGCCCUUCAGAAAUGAGCAGCAUUCAUAAGAGCUCACCUUAUUUGCAAAGGUUAGUGAAAGAGUCUAAUGAGGUUGACAGUGUAGAGAAGAAGUCAGUGGCCAAGAAGAGUAGAGACUCUUUUGCCUUUUCAUCCGACUAUUCCACAAGUUCACCAUCCUAUGGAAGCUUUACUAUGUACGNUGUUAUGUUGCUUUUCUUCAGGGGCAUGGGAGUGGGGAGAAAGUUACUCCUGUUAGGCGUUCAAGUAGGCUUAGAAGCCAAGCCACUUCUCCAUUAUGAUAUAACCCAAAUUGCAUAUUUGCCUAAAAUGUGUAUUGUUAAUGAAACAUUAGCAUUGAUCUAA